UGUUAAUCAUAAACCCAGAACAGUUUCGUUAUGAGAUAAACCCGCCUCCAUAUGAGAUAAACCCGCCUCCAUCUCUUCUCUUUCUGACACUGAACUUCUACAGCAGCCGGAAAACACCAACAAAUCUUCCACACCUAGCAGUGAGACACUAAAGAGAUACCGCCAUACUGUUGUCCAUAACAAGGGACAGGAACAAAAAGCUCAGAAACAUUAAAUCUGAUUUGACCUGUCAUGGAGACUGUGCGUAAGAACAAGGUCUUUCUCAUCGACACUCUGUCCGCCGACGCCAGCAUCGUUUUACAGCACGUCCAGAACGACAACAUCAUCACCAGACGCGACUACAACAAUCUUAACCAGCCCAACCACACACACGAGCAGAUCAUCAUUAAACUUCUGGAUAAUGUGACGAACAAGGGUAAUGACGCGUGUCACAAAUUUCUACAGAUGUUGGAGAAAGAAGAGCUUCAGGAGAUUUUCCCUCGGCUGAAGGAGCUCUUCACACCUGAUCAUACAUCACAUGAUCCAGAAAGUCCAGCCAAGGCCACUGAGAUGGGUGAAUAUAAAAUGUCCCGUAAACCUCGUGGUGUCUGUCUGAUCAUCAACAAUAUGGACUUUGGUGACCCUAAGAAAUACCGACAUGGAUCUGAUAAGGAUGAAGAGUCUCUUAAAAAGGUGUUUGAAUGGCUGGGUUUCACUGUGGAGGUGCAGAGGGACCAAACCGCAGAACAGAUGAAGACCAUCCUGAGGACGUGGAGCAAAGAAAACCAUAAAGGCGACUGUUUCGUGUGCUGCAUCCUCAGCCAUGGCACCACUGAUGGGGUGCAUGGGACAGAUGGAGGCAUCGUUUCAAGAGAGGACAUCUUCAGCCCAUUUUAUGGAAAUUCCUGUCGGAGUCUGAACGAUAAGCCCAAAGUGUUCUUCAUUCAGGCCUGCCGUGGAAGACAGCUCCAUCCAAUAGUUCAAGUCCAGGCUGAUGGACACAAAGAAGAGAUAGCAGGAGAGGAAGAAGAAGAAGAAGAAUUAGAAACAGAUGCUGAAACUGUCAUUCUGGAUGGGGCAGAUUUCUUUGUGGCAAGGUCGACUAUUAAAGGGUACUUCUCUUUCAGGAAUUCGAAAUCUGGUUCCUGGUUCAUCCAGUCUUUGUGUGAGCAGCUAACAAAAUACUGUCCAGAGGGUGAAGACAUCAACUCCAUCCUUGUCAGGACCAAUGAGGAAGUCAGUAGAAGACUUAGUGAAAUCAAACGAAAGGAGCAAAACCUAAUACAAGACAAAAAAGUCAAACAGAUGCCGAUCUAUAACAGCACCCUGAGGAAGCGUCUGGUGUUCAAACCUUAAUGAGCAGGUGUACAGGUGUUCCUAAUAAAGUGGCCAAUGAGUCUAUUUUGGCUAAUUGCUUUUUGCUUCUAGAUUUUGUCAUUUUAUUUUAAUACUCUGGAAUUUGUAUUCUUGGAUUUUUUUAUUAUUCUUUGAUUAUUCUUGAUUUUAUUGAUUGAUUUUUGCAUUAUACUUCAUUAAAUUUAGAUUCUUCAUCUCAA